AUGCAGCACAGGCGACGGCUACAAGAGGAAGGGGAAGAGGAGGAGGCAGAGAGAGGUGUGGGGGUUAGUGCGGUGCACACGAGUGGUGCUGGGACGAAUGAAGGGACAACACAGCAAGGAGAGCAGGCCGUGCGACGCAGCAGAAAGGUCAAACAUCAGGGCAAGGAGGUUGGGGGGAAGGAGGAGCGGGAGGAAUGGGAGGGGGAGCGGGAGGGCAUGAGUCGGGAGUUUGCGUUUGAGGAGUAUCGGUGGCAGCCCGAUGGUAUGCAGCACCGCAUGGUAGCAUUGGUGGGCGACUUGCUCAGCCGCCAGCAGUUCCUCUCGCUGCUCUGCCUGCUCGCCCCACACCCCCGAGUGCUGCCCCCCAACCACACCCGCCCGCUCAAUGAAAGUCAACGAGGGCAGGGCGGGCGGGCAAGGCGGGUGGUGGAUGUGGGGUGGCGCUUCAACCUCACGUGGGGUGCGCCUGUGCGCAGCACUGCCAGGGGCGCGGCUGUGUGGCUGCCUGGUAGCAAAACCACUCCGCUGCAGCGCACCUCCAACCUGCUGUUCCGUGAGGAGGUGCUGCCCGCUGCUGUGCCCGUGGAGGAAGAGGGAUAA